AUGCUUAAAUCGAUGAAGGCUAUCGAGAGCUUGCUCGAGGCUCUCUCUCAGCUCAAUAACCUCCAACAAGCCCUGAAUAAAUGUCAAAAGAAGAUCAUGAAGGGUUGUAAAGACCUCGCUCAUGUAUUGUCAGAGGAUACAUUGUCGAAAGAGGAGAUUGCUGACAAUGUGUUAAUCAAUACUCUUCUGUGUGCCUCCAACUUUUUUGGAUCUUUCCAUGAAGUCACCAAAACAACUGCCAAGAAUACGGAGAAAGAAUAUAACACCUUGCAAGACGUUGUGACAAAAGCGUUCAAGAAAAUAGUCAAGGAGGAGCGCACACACGACGAACAUCUUGAUGCACUGGAGAGCAAGAUUCAAAAAGCCAACUAUACUUUUGAUAAACAUAGAAAGCCAGCAAAGAAGGGUAUAGGGAUGUCAGGAGGACAUUCAGACUCACAGGAUGGUACUGUCGCAGCGGACCGGUAUUAUGCUUCCAUCUCUUCCCUUGGCCUUGAUGUCACCAAGUCCAAGGCAGCUCACUCCAGCGUUCUGCACUACCGCCGGGAGUCUCUAUGCCGUAUAUUUUGCAAAAGUCUUUUUCAUUUCGCCGAAACUGAGUGGAAAAGAAGCUGUGAAGAAGUAAAGUCUUGCGGAAUGCUAAUCGGUCGGUUUACCAUGUGGGCAAACUUCUGUAAUAGCGAUGGGAUGCCUAAGAAGAUUCCUGUAGGUCAUCAGGAGGAGGAUUCUAUGUCUGUUCGAAGCCUAUCCUUGCACCCAGACUCUUCACGCCUCCAGGGAGAUAACAUUGAGAAGAUGAAGGAGAACAUCGAUUACCCUCGUAGCACUUCCGCUUUCAAACAAUCAAGUCCAGCCGCAAUGUUUCCGCCUGAAAGCCUCAGCUCCUCGACGUACACUACACAAGGACUUGGCUUAGUGAGAUCGUCAUCCAAGACACUGAGGCCAAGACCACAUCCGGGGUCAAUCUCAUCUGGACCACACCUUUCGGCUUCUCUCGGACCAAGCCGUCCUCCCAUGGAGCACGCAAACAUGAAUUUUUACACUCCUCAGCUUCAACAUCAGGUCGAGCAAACCAGUCGAGAAGCACUGAUACAGAAAGAACCUUCUCAUACGCAAGCUAAGAGUGAAGCUAGUCUGGCUACUGUAUCUUCAAAUGCGACUGCGCCCCUAGCGGUUCGCAAAAACUCUCGGAACUCACAAUCCGGCAUGUCACCCAGGCCAGAGGACUAUGAUUUGAAUGUUGGCAACGCAUUCUCUUCUGCGAAUCAAGAUCAGAUAUCAUCACAGCUUCUUCGAAUCUUGAAUCCUGAAGAUUUAUCAAAAUUCGACUUUUUGAGCCGAAUGACACCUGAACAAUUAUCUAAUAUCCUGGCGAAUAAUCGAGCUAUAGAAUCUCAUAGAGCCACUCUUGAACUAUCUCGUUUGAUAGACCGCAAGCCAAUGGGUUCACACUUUGCCGAAUCUGUCGAUCAUGUAGAGUCACCAACACAUUCGGAAUUUCUCGAGAUUCCACACUAUGAGGGUAUUCCUGAGUGUGGAGAGCAAGUUUCUAGAACCUCUUCGAGCGCAAUGCCAACAAGACAAUUUUCUACACAAGAUAAAGCAGGUAUUAAUUAUCCUUCGGCAGCUGUUGUCGGUGAUCAAAUCACACAAAAUGAUGAACCAAAUUCAAGAGAAUCAGAUGCGUCUUCGUUCUUGGACAGGCAGUCUAGCAUCGCGAGUGUCGGUAGUACAAGAAGCAAGGUAUCAGAAAUGAAAUAUCUUUAUUCGAAACAAAAACCAAAAGAUCUGGAUCCAAUAUCAACGACUCAAAUUCCAACUCAGGUCGCUACUGCCAUCGUAGAACAAUCAUCGAGUCAUGGAAGCAGCGUAGCAGCUUUGGCCAGUCGUUUUUCGGCUCUUGCAGACCCAUACAUGCGUCAAUUUGAGACUCAACAACCCACAAACCCAACUAGCACUAGCAGACAAGGCCCUACCUCAACCAUCCCUCAGCGAUCCAAAAAUACCAACCCACGUUUACAUGAGGGAGCUACACAGCCUAUGAUGAGACCGAACCAUAAUCUUCCUACAGGCCAUUUGCCUCUGCUUCCGAACCGAAGUCUUGCACAAUCUAAUCUUCAUCAGUUUCGAAUGAUGGGACAACCAACAAAAUCGCAAGACAAGGAUACAGAAUCCUAA